GAUGCGAGCAAAAAGUAGCUGUAAAGGUUUGCAUCAAACCUUUAGACGUCGAGAAUGCAAGUCUCUUAGUUAAAGAGAUGACCCUUUUGAGAAAAUUAGAUCACCCUCAUAUUGUCAAGUUUUUUGGGACUGCACUCUUGAAAAAAGAGGAUGAGGUAAGGGUGAUCUUUGUGAUGGAAAGGUGCACAGAAAGCCCCAAAGGUCACAUCUUCAAGCACCGAGAAUCCGUCCCGGGUAUAUCUGGAAAAACAGCAGACCUUAGAGUUUGUCGUUGGGCGAAAGAAAUCACCGCUGGUCUUCACUUUAUGCACGAAGUAGGCAUUAUUCACAGAGACCUCAAGCUAGAAAACAUCUUGCUGACGGAGGAUGAUUCCGUGAGAAUAAGUGAUGUCGGCGUUUCUAAAGAAGCAAGUGAAAUCACCGGUACUGUUACGGGAUCUUUUUUGUACAUGGCUCCUGAAGUGUUCCAUUCCAACCUUUAUGACUUCAAAGCAGACAUCUACAGUUUUGGAAUAAUGCUUUGGGAGAUGUGGUUUGGACAACGAGCAUUUGCCGAAGUUGAUGCGCUAAAUAGCCAACAUUUCUUUAGCUUGGUUGAUCAUGGGCGUCGUCCAAAAGAUAUUAUGGAAUUGAAGAAGCCUCCACGCCGCUGGAAAGAACUUAUGGAGAGAUGCUGGGAUGGAGACCCAGAUAAACGUCCCACAGCCGAGAGUUGUGAGCGAGAAAUAACUGAACUCUGCAAUGAAUGGCCUGGUCAUUAGGAAGAACCAUAUUCCAAAUUAUACAUGAGGGUUACCGUCAUUAAUUGUACAUAUACUUUGUUUAUAUCACAAGCAAGCAGACAAGUUUAUUUGGCAUUUUCAUACAUCCGUUUUAUCGUUUUUAAAUUUCACAACAAAGACUUCGAGCUACCAGGAUCAUUCGUAUGACUUAAACACAAUAUUGUUACGAUUUUUGGCCUGCAAAUUAAUUUUUGCAGUCUCAUCCCCUUUAGCUCGAACGCCUGCUUAACUAAGCUCGAGUUUUGUUCCUCGUCGCUGAAUCAAGCAAAAAAGUUUGAGGCAUGGCUGCACACUACACAACAGUAAUGGUACGGGCGGUUAGCCUUCUGUGACAUGCGCUCACAAUCUAUGAAGAACACGGUAGUCCUAUAGAUGAAAGGCAUUAUCCAAAGGAGUCACAAAGCUUCAAAAUUCCCCAAAAUGCGGGACUUUACGUUUAGAAAUAUGCUGGAAGGAGUGCCCAACCAUAGACGCGUCGCGCGAAUAUUCGAUAGUAGCCAAAUACUUAAAGUUUAUUGGCUAUCCAAAAAGGAAAGAAAAUGUUUACCAAAACAAGAAUAAUUAGACACUCAUCGUGUACUCGUUCAAUCAACAUUUUAAGUGUUUUGAUCUAGUACCUUGUUCAUUAAAUGUUUUGAGUUUCUUUACAUGGCCACAAGAUUAUUACGGAACAUUAUAUCAGUCUACAUUGAGCCCUUUUCCAAUUUCUUUUGCAUGGAUU